AUGCCUUUCCCUCUCUUCCCUCGAAUAAUAUCUGUAUCUUUCCCUCUCUUUCCUCUAAUAAUAUCCUUAUCUUUCCUCUUUCCCUCUAAUAUAUCUGUACCUUUUCCUCUCUUUCCUCUAAUAAUAAUAUCUGUCUUUCCCUCUCUUCCCUCUAAUAAUAUCUGUACCUUUCCCUCUUCCCCUCGAAUAAUAUCUUUACCUUUUCCUCUCUUCCCUCUCUUCCCCUAUCUCUUUCCCUCUCUUCCCUCUAAUAAUAUCUGUAUCUUUCCCUCUUAUCUGUUUUCCUCCUCCUCUAAUAAUAUCUGUACCUUUCCCUCUCUUCCCUCGAAUAAUAUCUGUACUUUUCCCUCUCUUUCCUCUAAUAAUGUAUCUGUCCUCUUUUCCUCUCUUUUCCCUCUUUUAAUCCCUAUAAUAUCUGUAUCUUUCCCUCUCUUCCCUCUUCCCUCUAAUAUCUGUGCCUUUCCCUCUCUUUCCUCGAAUAAUAUCUGUAUCUUUCCCUCUUUUCCCUCUAAUAAUAUCUAUAAUAUCUGUCUUUUCCCUCUCUUCCCUCUCUUCCCUCGAAUAAUAUCUGUACCUUUUCCCUCUCUUCCUCUAAUAAUAUCUGUAUCUUUCCUCUCUUCCUCGAAUAAUAUCUGUAUCUUUCCCUCUCUUCCCUCUAAUAAUAUCUAUAUCUGUAUCUUUCCCUCUCUUCCCUCUAAUAAUAUCUGUAUCUUUCCCUCUCUUCCCUCUAAUAAUAUCUGUACCUUUCCCUCUCUUUCCUCUAAUAAUAUCUGUACCUUUCCCUCUCUUCCCUCGAAUAAUAUCUGUAUCUUUCCCUCUCUUCCCUCUAAUAAUAUCUGUACCUUUCCCUCUCUUCCCUCUAAUAAUAUCUGUACCUUUCCCUCUCUUCCCUCGAAUAAUAUCUAUAAUAUCUGUUUCCCCUCUCUUCCCUCUAAUAAUAUCUGUACCUUUCCCUCUCUUCCCUCGAAUAAUAUCUAUAAUAUCUGUACUUUCCCUCUCUUCCUUUCCUGUAUCUUUCUCUUCCCUCGAAUAAUAUCUGUACCUUUCCCUCUCUUUCCUCUAAUAUCUAUAAUAUCUGUACCUUUCCCUCUCUUUCCUCCGAAUAAUAUCUGUAUCUUUCCUCUCUUCCCUCGAAUAAUGUCUGUACCUUUCCCUCUCUUCCCUCGAAUAAUAUCUGUAUCUUUCCCUCUCUUCCCUCUAAUAAUAUCUAUCCUUUCCUCUCUUUCCUCCAAUAAUAAUAUCUGUAUCUUUCCCUCUCUUCCCUCUAAUAAUAUCUGUAUCCCCUCUCUUCCCUCUAAUAAUAUCUGUAUCUUUCCCUCUCUUCCCUCGAAUAAUAUCUGUACCUUUCCUCUCUUUCCUCUAAUAAUAUCUGUACCUUUCCCUCUCUUCCCUCUAAUAAUAUCUGUACCUUUUCCCUCUCUUUCCUCUAAUAAUAUCUGUACCUUUCCCUCUCUUCCCUCGAAUAAUAUCUGUACCUUUCCCUCUCUUCCCUCGAAUAAUAUCUGUACCUUUCCCUCUCUUUCCUCUAAUAAUAUCUGUAUCUUUCCCUCUCUUUCCUCUAAUAAUAUCUGUACCUUUCCCUCUCUUCCCUCGAAUAAUAUCUGUAUCUUUCCCUCACUUUCCUCUAAUAAUAUCUGUAUCUUUCCCUCUCUUCCCUCGAAUAAUAUCUGUACCUUUCCCUCUCUUUCCUCGAAUAAUAUCUGUACCUUUCCCUCUCUUCCCUCGAAUAAUAUCUGUACCUUUCCCUCUCUUUCCUCUAAUAAUAUCUGUACCUUUCCCUCUCUUUCCUCUAAUAAUAUCUGUAUCUUUCCCUCUCUUCCCUCGAAUAAUAUCUGUACCUUUCCCUCUCUUUCCUCUCUUUCCUCUAAUAAUAUCUGUACCUUUCCCUCUCUUCCCUCUAAUAAUAUCUGUAUCUUUCCCUCUCUUCCCUCGAAUAAUAUCUGUACCUUUCCCUCUCUUUCCUCUAAUAAUAUCUGUAUCUUUCCCUCUCUUCCCUCGAAUAAUAUCUAUAAUAUCUGUACCUUUCCCUCUCUUCCCUCUAAUAAUAUCUGUAUCUUUCCCUCUCUUCCCUCGAAUAAUAUCUGUACCUUUCCCUCUCUUCCCUCGAAUAAUAUCUGUAUCUUUCCCUCUCUUCCCUCUAAUAAUAUCUGUACCUUUCCCUCUCUUUUCCUCUUCCCUAAUAUCUGUACUUUUCCCUCUCUUUCCUCUAAUAAUAUCUGUACCUUUCCCUCUCUUUCCUCUAAUAAUAUCUGUAUCUUUCCCUCUCUUCCCUCGAAUAAUAUCUGUUCCUUUCACUCUCUUUCCUCGAAUAAUAUCUGUAUCUUUCCCUCUCUUCCCUCUAAUAAUAUCUGUACCUUUCCCUCUCUUCCCUCGAAUAAUAUCUGUACCUUUCCCUCUCUUCCCUCGAAUAAUAUCUGUACCUUUCCCUCUCUUCCCUCGAAUAAUAUCUGUAUCUUUCCCUCUCUUCCCUCGAAUAAUAUCUGUACCUUUCCCUCUCUUUCCUCGAAUAAUAUCUGUAUCUUUCCCUCUCUUUCCUCUAAUAAUAUCUGUACCUUUCCCUCUCUUUCCUCUAUAAUAUCUAAUAAUAUCUGUCUUUCCCUCUCUUCCUCUAAUAAUAUCUGUACCUUUCCCUCUCUUUCCUCUAUAUAUCUAAUAAUAUCUGUACCUUUCCCUCUCUUCCCUCGAAUAAUAUCUGUACCUUUCCCUCUCUUCCCUCGAAUAAUAUCUGUACCUUUCCCUCUCUUCCCUCUAAUAAUAUCUGUAUCUUUCCCUCUCUUCCCUCGAAUAAUAUCUGUAACUUUCCCUCUCUUCCCUCUCUUCCCUCUUCCCUCGAAUAAUAUCUGUACCUUUCCCUCUCUUUCCUCGAAUAAUAUCUGUACCUUUCCCUCUCUUCCCUCUAAUAAUAUCUGUACCUUUCCUCUCUUCCCUCGAAUAAUAUCUGUCCUUUCCUCUCUUCCCUCUAAUAAUAUCUGUCUUUCCCUCUCUUCCCUCAAUAAUAUCUGUAUCUUUCCCUCUCUUCCCUCUAAUAAUAUCUGUAUCUUUCCUCUCUUUCCCUCUAAUAAUAUCUGUAUCUUUCCCUCUCUUCCCUCUAAUAUCUAUAAUAUCUGUACCUUUCCCUCUCUUCCCUCUAAUAAUAUCUGUACCUUUCCCUCUCUUCCCUCGAAUAAUAUCUGUAUCUUUCCCUCUCCCAUCUCUCUUUUCCUCUCUUUCCUCAAUAAUAUCUGUACCUUUCCUCUCUUCCCUCUAAUAAUAUCUGUCUUUCCUCUCUUUCCUCGAAUAAUAUCUGUAUUUCUUUCCUCUCUUCCCUCUAAUAAUAUCUGUGCCUUUCCCUCUCUUCCCUCGAAUAAUAUCUGUCUUUCCCUCUCUUCCCUCUAA